AAUUGCUAUCGUCUAUCAAACGGUUUGCCUUUCAGUGCGACGAUAGAGUAAAUCUGACUUUAAUAAACAUUUGUUCCUCAUAUUUUUUCAUAUAAAGUCGAUUGUUAUUCAUUAAUUAAAAAAAAAAUUUUUAUAAUGUUUUUCUUUGAAACAACAAAUGUGAUGUGAUAUUUUCAUUUUUUUUUUUAAAGUGAAAAAAAGAGAGAGAAACUCUAUUUGAGGUUAACAUACUCAACGAAUGACUCGCACACGAUGGAAAAUUCGAGUGCGCAACAAGAUGCUACAGGGUCAAAAGUCGACCCUUUUCUCACCCCCAAUCUGGUUAAAGACAAGAAAGACAUUUCGGAUAAGAAUAAAAAAAGUGACAUGAAAUUAAAUUCCCCUACGAGUCUUUUAGUGCAAAAUACAAUUUUAUUGCCAAGUAGUGUUGUUCGUGUUAAACAAUCGUACAAUGAUGGAAUUCAAAAACUUAAUAUACAGCCAACAUCUUCAGGCUCUGCUACCGGAAAUCCACGUAAUAAAACUGCUUUGGGUCCUGGUUAUAGUCUCAUGGAUUGGAUUAAAUUGGGUGCAACUGGGAUUGACUUGACUGGCGUUGAUGGUAUUCCUCGCGAUGUUACAAUGGCUGAAUUAGCAAAACAUAAUAAAGAAAAUGACGCCUGGAUUGCAAUAAGGGGAAUAGUAUUUAAUGUAACGCAUUAUAUGAAAUUUCAUCCUGGUGGUAUUGAGGAAUUAAUGAAAGGCGUUGGUAAAGAUGCGACGAAAAUUUUCGAAAACAUUCACGCAUAUGUAAAUUAUCAAAGUAUUCUACAAAAAUGCAUUGUUGGAAGGCUCAAUCGAUCCACUUCCAAUUUGGAUCAUACUUUGGCAUUAGACAAAGAGGCCAGUGAUAAAAAAGAAGAAGAUGAAGCGUUUGAUAAAUUUGUUCUUCCAUCAAUCAUUCCUGAUCUUCCAAAAAAUUCGAGAGAUGAGUCUGCAUUGACUUCCAGUUCAAUUCCAAACGUACGAAUGAAUUGGAAACAAACCACUAACACCAUAAAGUUUUUUUAUCAGUCAGUGAUUAAUUAUCCAGCGGCUAAUUAUCAAUUAACAAGAAUAAACGAUUCGAAAAUUGAAAUAACAAUUAAUUUUGGAUACUUGGAGAAAGAUAUUGUUAGUCAUGAAUUUCAAUUAGCUGACGAUAUAAAAUGGCCUCCACAAUGGACAAAAAAUCACGAAACAAUGGAGGUGAAUUUCAUAUUAACAAAAAAGACUGGAGCUCUAUGGAAAUCGUAUGGUACACGAACCACUGAAUUUAAGGGAAAAUGUAAGGAGAGAUUAUAUAGAGAAUACGAAGUCAUCAGUAAUACUUUACUUUGUAAAGUGGUUCAUCUUAUGGUUCUAAGAGCAAAAGAUUAUUUGGAACUUGUUCCAAUUGGUCGACACUUAGAAGCUAAAAUAAAUGUUUUAGGAACUGAAGUUUCUAGAAUGUAUACACCUGUCCCUCCGUGCCUUCAUCCUGAUGAUAUGGCGCCAAAUUACACGUCCGAUUGUAUAUGUCUCAUGGUAAAAAAUUAUCCCGAAGGCGCACUCACUCCGUCCAUGACUGCAUUACAGCCAGGGCAAACAUUAAGUUUGAGUAGUGGGCUAGGCACCUUUACAGUCGAAUCCUUUGACAUCUACUCGACAAUUCACAUGUUGGCUGCGGGUACUGGUUUGACUGCAAUGCUUGGAAUUAUUCAAAGAGCACUUUGCAGACGUAAUGUAAUUUUAGUAAAUUUGAUUAAUUUUAAUAAAGAUGAAGACAACAUUUUUUAUUCUAAAGAAUUAGAAAGAGUUUCUGCAGAUAAAAAAUUGAAAGUAACACAAGUAUUGUUAAAACCCAAUGAUACUUGGACUGGUAGAAAAGGAGAAAUUUCGAGUGAACUAAUGUCAGAAUUAAUUGGCAAUUCAGUUCAGCAAGCUUGUAUCUUUUCAUGUGGUCCAAGAGGUUUUAUGGAAACUGCAAAAAAAUUACUGUUAAAUCUUGGAUGGAACUCAAUGCAAAUGCAUGACUUUGAUGAUUAAAUUUAAGGCAAAAAAAAAAAAAAAAA